AUGUCUGCCUUAACCUUCCGCGCAUCUACUCCCGAGGCGACACCUAGCAAAAAGGCAGCUUCUGCUCUUGCGGCUUUCUCGCUAGAGUCACCAACUAAGCCUUCCGCUAAGAAGGCCACCCUCCUCGUCGAUGACAAAAAGCGUUCAACUUCACCUGACACAGUUGGUGACGAGGAGGAUGAACUUGAUGAGACAUUCCUUGGCGAGAGCCUAGAGGAGCUAAGGAAGAAGUUUGUCGGUGAUAUAGAGCUUCCCGAGAGCGAGGAGCCCCUCCUUAAGGAGUCAAGGCGUCGUUUUGUGCUCUUCCCUAUCCAAUACAACGAGAUAUGGCAAAUGUACAAGAAAGCUGAGGCUUCCUUCUGGACUGCUGAGGAGAUGGAUCUCUCUAAGGAUAUCCAUGACUGGACAAACAAGCUGAACGAUGGCGAGCGUCACUUCAUCUCUCACGUCCUCGCCUUCUUCGCCGCUUCGGAUGGCAUUGUCAACGAAAACCUCGUCGAACGUUUCUCGAACGAAGUGCAAGUCGCUGAGGCUCGCUGCUUCUACGGUUUCCAGAUAAUGAUGGAGAACAUCCACUCUGAGACCUAUUCAUUGUUGAUCGACACCUACAUCAAGGAUAUUGCCGAGCGCGACUACCUCUUUGACGCUAUCGAAACUAUCCCCUGUAUCAAGCGCAAGGCCGAGUGGGCUCUUCGAUGGAUUUCAGACCAGCAAUCGACAUUUGCUGAGCGUCUCGUUGCCUUCGCCGCUGUCGAGGGUAUCUUCUUCUCCGGUUCAUUCGCCUCUAUCUUCUGGUUAAAGAAGCGCGGUCUUAUGCCUGGUCUUACUUUCUCCAACGAGCUCAUCAGUCGUGACGAGGGCAUGCACACCGACUUUGCUUGCCUACUUUUCAGCCAUCUCCGCCGCAGACCCCAUCCCGACGUUGUGAAGCGCCUCAUCACCGAAGCCGUCUCCAUCGAGCAAGAGUUCCUAACAGACGCUCUCCCUGUCUCGCUCAUCGGCAUGAACGCGAAGCUCAUGUGCCAGUACAUUGAAUUCGUGGCUGAUCGUCUCCUUGUAUCCCUUGGCAACGACAAGGUGUACAAUUCAACCAACCCCUUCGAUUUCAUGGACAUGAUCUCGCUGCAGGGCAAGACGAACUUCUUCGAAAAGCGCGUCUCUGACUACUCAAAGGCUAACGUCAACCACUCGGGUGCCAAUGAGUCAGCCACGUCAUCGGCUAAAGUUUUGUAA